UUUCCGGUGUAGAUUACAGAGAUGUAAAAAUGCUGUGGAGUUAAACAGGCAGUUCCUGUUUCCGGCAUAUGCGAGGAAAGAAUGAUUUGGGGAGCGGGGGCGGAAAAAAUAGCAAAGAGACUUUUUUGUCAUGGCGCUGGGGAGGACUGCAGUGCGACGCUGGCUUCGGAGCUGCUGUUUCUGGGAGACCCGUUUCUUUUGCGAAGCCACAAGAAUGAAAUCCGGCUGCAGCCGUCAGCUUUCUUUAAGUCAUGGAGGGAAAAGGGGAGUCGAGGUGUUUGAAAAUUCCAGAAUUUUCAGAAGAGGGUUUCUAUUCUCAGCAUUGUCUUACUUGGGAUACAACACUUAUCUAGUAAUUUCUCAAUCUGCUAUGGUUUGGGCUGAUGUGAAAGUUGAUGAAAUCCUAGAUCAAGCAGACUAUCUCUAUGGAAGUGGAGAAACCCAAAAGCUUUAUCAGUUGCUGAGUGAACACAAGAACAGUGAAAAUGCACAAGUGUUAUGGCGUCUGGCACGAGCUUUACGAGACCUUGCUCAUCUUAGUCAAACUUCAGCAGAAAACAAGAAGCAGCUGGCUUAUGAAGCCCUUGAUUAUGCAAAGAAGGCACUUGAGAAAGACAACACUUGUUAUAGCGUACACAAGUGGUAUGCAAUAUGCCUCAGUGAUGUGGGAGAUUAUGAAGGAAUAAAGAACAAAAUUGCCAGUGCUUUUGUUAUAAAAGAACAUUUCCAGAAAGCAAUUGAUCUGAAUCCAAAGGAUGCUACUUCACUUCAUCUUAUGGGCAUUUGGUGCUACACAUUUGCUGAUAUGCCAUGGUAUCAGAGGAACAUAGCUACUGUUUUAUUCUCAACACCACCUAGUUCUACCUAUGAAGAAGCAUUACAGUACUUUCAAAAGGCUGAAAAUGUUGAACCAAAUUUCUAUAGUAAAAACUUGCUGUUCUUAGGAAAGACAUACAUCAAAUUAAAUAAUAAAAAGAUGGCCCUUCUCUGGCUAACAAAAGCUAGAGACAGGCUACCACAUACAGAGGAAGAUAAGCAGGUACAAAAAGAAGCUUUGGAACUACUAAAUUCUAUAUGACACGAUUACUCAAAAUAUAUGAACUGAUGAACUAAGAAACUAAGCAGAAAGCUAAACAUUAUAUUGUGGUUCAAAUUGGUAUAUGAAGAAAAGAACUUUUAGAGAAUAAAUUCCAGAUUUUGCUGACA